ACACACACACACACUUCCCUCCCUCACACUCUUCCACACACACAAACUCCCUCACUUCCAAUCCUCCACUCCUCAUCUGUGCUGUCUGACUAGAUAGAAGCCCUGUAGGACAAUGGCAACUCACAGAAACUCUAGUUUCCUCAUCAACCUUUCCCACCACCCACGAUGGACACAAGAUCCCUCAAUGAGGGAGAGAAGGAGACAAAGAAGGACAGAGGAUACAGACCCAAUGAACAGUACAACCCCCACAUCUAAAUCUGCAGUGCUACGCUCCAGAAGCUGGUGGGGCAACUGGCUUAUGUUGCCCCUGCUGAUGGCCACCUAUCUACCGUGUGAGGCCUGGGGCGCCACUUUCACUGUGGCCGUAGUUGGGCCCUGGACAUGUGACCCUAUGUACUCUAAAGCCCUCCCUGACCUGGCUGCCCGCCUGGCCACCGCCCGCCUCAACAAGGACCCCUACACUAAGAAAGGCUACUGGUACGACUAUACUCUGGUCAAUGAGGACUGUAAAACAUCCCGCGCUCUGGCCCGCUUCACCUCUCUGGAAGGCUAUGGCUCAGCUUUUCUCGGCCCUACUAACCCAGGCUACUGCUCUUCGGCUGCCCUGUUUGCGAAAAACUGGAAUAAGCCCCUUCUUUCCUGGGGCUGCCUGAAACUCAACAUGGAGGAUGGACAGUAUCCCACCUUUCAUCGGCCACUGCCUCUGUCCUCCCGGGUUCUGUUUUCUAUGCUGCGGUACUUCCGCUGGGCCCAUGUAGUCAUCGUGACGUCAGAGGAUGACCUGUGGGAGGCUACGGGACACGAGCUGGCGGCCUCUCUGAGGGCCCUGGGCCUGCCGGUCAGCACUGUGGUCACCAUGGAGCCUGACAAAGAUGGGCCCACAAAAGCCUUGAAAAGGAUACGAGAGUUAGACCGUGUCAGAGUGGUCAUCAUGUGUAUGCACUCAGCUUUGAUCGGUGGUGUGGCCCAGUAUCAGCUCCUAACCUCUGCCUUGAAUAUACGCAUGAUAGAUCGCGGCUACGUUUUUAUCCCCUACGACACCCUCACAUACUCACUGCCCAAGGGCACAAACUUUAAUGCCCUGACCAAUGACAGCUUGUUGAGAAAAGCCUACGACGCAGUUCUCACAAUCACCAUGGAUUCUGGCGAGAAUACUUUCUAUCAGCGCUUCAAAGAUGCUCAGGAGAAAUUUGAGAUCCGCACCAGCACUCCACCAGAGCAGGUGUCUCCAUUUUUCGGCACCAUCUACAACAUGAUAUAUUACAUGGCCUAUGCAGUAGAGAAGAGUCGGAUGGCAGCGGGGCGGUGGGUGGAUGGGGAAACCAUGCUCGAGAGCGAUGGAGGGGUCAAAUUUGAGGGCUUCAACCAGCACAUCUCAUCCGACAAAGAUGGGUUGGGGAUGCUGGCUCGCUACGUGGUCCUGGACUCAGACGGGGGAGACAAACUCUACAUGACACACACUCUGGAGGCCCCCCACACCCUUGGCAAAUUUGGGGCGGUCAAGUACAAUGGGCGCUCCAUCCACUUUGCAGGCAGUAGCCCCAGCACAGACUCCCGUUGCUGGUUCAGUCCAUACAUCACCUGUGGUGGAGGAAUGGAUGCGGGUACUAUUCUCUUUCUGUUUGUCCUGUUCUGUGGGUUGGUUGGAGGUGGAGCUGCCUUCUAUAUGAAGAGAGGUGGCCAGAUUGGAAUCAGCUUUGGAGGAUCAGGGGAAGGAGAAGGGUCCUUAAAAGUAGUCUUGAAUCUGAAUGACCUGAUUUUCAUCAAUACCCAGACCAGCACAAGGACGCUGAAUGAGGACAGUAUGAUGAAGAGUCAGCUGGAUGUGAAGACGCCUCGCCACUCAGUGUCAGGACGCAGCUACUUUGCCUCCACCCCUGACAGCUCCAACGUCGCCGUCUUUGAGGGUGACUGGGUGUGGUUGAAGAGAUGUCCCAAUGGAAACACUGUGUCUAGUGUCAGUAAUAGCACAAAAACUAUUUUCACCAAGCUCAGGGACAUGCGGCAUGAGAAUCUCAACCUGUUCCUUGGCCUGUUCCUAGACUCAGGGAUAUUUGGUAUUGUGACAGAGCACUGUACCAGGGGCAGCUUGGAGGACCUUCUCAACAACGAGGAAAUGCGUCUCGACUGGAUGUUCAAGUCCUCCCUGUUGAUGGAUCUGGUCAGGGGAAUGAAGUACCUGCACAACCGGGAUGUCAUCCAUGGGCGCCUGAAGUCCCGAAACUGUUUGGUGGACGGACGCUUUGUGCUAAAGGUGACUGAGUACGGCUUCAACGAGAUCUUAUCCACCCAGAGCAUCAACUUUGACAAAGGCAGGCCUGAGGAUCAGCUGUGGGUGGCUCCAGAGCUGCUAAGGAACUCUAAGCUGAUGAAGAGAGGAACGUUCCAAGGGGACGUCUACAGCUUCGCCAUCAUUAUGCAGGAGGUCAUCGCCCGCUGUGCUCCCUUCUGCAUGCUGGACAUGCCUCCCAAGGAGAUCCUCAGUAAGUUGAAAUCCCCCCCACCACUGUGUCGGCCCACUGUGUCAGCGGAUGAGGCUCCACUAGAGGUGAUCCAGGUGAUGAAACAGGCCUGGAGUGAGGAGCCAGACAAGAGACCCACCUUCGAGGAGAUAUUCAAACAGUUCAAGUGUAUAACCAAGGGGAAGAAGACCAACAUCAUAGACUCAAUGCUGCGUAUGUUGGAGCAGUACUCUACUAACCUUGAGGACUUGAUUAGGGAGAGGACAGAGGAGCUGGAGGUGGAGAGGAAAAAGACUGAUCAGUUGCUGGCCCAGAUGUUGCCCAGGUCUGUGUGCCUGGCCCUGAAGACGGGCAAGCCUGUGAAACCAGAGCACUUCUCUGAGGUCACUCUGUACUUCAGUGACAUUGUGGGCUUCACUACCAUCUCUGCACUCAGCGAGCCCAUUGAAGUGGUAGAUUUACUCAAUGAUCUCUACACACUCUUUGAUGCCAUCAUCGGGCAGCAUGAUGUCUACAAGGUGGAGACCAUCGGAGAUGCCUACAUGGUAGCCUCUGGAGUUCCAAACCGGAACGGUAGACGCCACGCAGCUGAGAUGUCCAACAUGUCCCUGGACAUCCUCCACUGUAUUGGAACCUUCAAGAUGAGGCACAUGCCUGAUGUCAAGGUCAAGAUUCGUAUCGGCCUUCACUCUGGCCCUGUGGUGGCAGGAGUGGUAGGUCUGACGAUGCCUCGGUACUGUCUGUUCGGAGACACUGUCAACACGGCUUCUCGAAUGGAGUCAACAGGGUUGCCUUACAGAAUCCAUGUCAACCAGAGCACAGUCGAUAUCCUACAUGAACUGAAAAUGGGCUACAAAAUAGACACCAGGGGCAUGACAGAGCUGAAGGGGAAGGGAAUUGAAAACACAUUCUGGUUGGUUGGGAGAGCUGGGUUCGACAAGAUUCUCCCAAGACCGCCUGACCUUACUCCAGGGGCAAGUAACCAUGGCAUCAGUUUGGAAGAGAUUCCUCCAGAUAGGAAACAGAAAUUCCUUGACCGGCAGGCGAGGAAUAAGUAGCCUGUAAGAUUGUGUUGCCCAGUCCUCCUACCUGUUGGAGUGAAAGACCAGAUAGGUGAAUUGACCAGGUUGGUUGAGAGGAUGGGUUAGGGGUGUGUCUGACAGACAGUCUGUCGCAUCACCCCAUGUGUCCUGUCGAGUGCUGAUCCACAUUGCACAAAUAAGCCAAAGUCGGAGAGACACUGUCUGUCUUUAACACAAUACAUUUGUUUGCACAGAGCAAAGAUGAGUUAAAAUAAGAGUAUUUCUUAAAUUUAGCAAAUGUGGGAAAUAGGAGGGAUAAAUAAAGGUGUAUUACAAUCAUGCACAAAAUACCAAAUAUAUUGAUUUAGGAGUUACUGUAGAAUGAAAACAUCACAACACAAACAUGGGAAGAGAUUGGCUCUUUGCUUGAAAUAAACUAUAAAUGACCAUGAUAUUGUGUGUAAUAUAUUGUAUGUAUCUCUACGGUCUCUUUUGCUUUGGAGAAAUAUUUGACAGAGUAUAGAAAAGUGUUCAUACUCCACUAUAUAACAAGGGUAUAUUUAAGCAAUAAGGCAUGAGAGGGUGUGGUAUAUGACCAAUAAACCACUGCUAAGGGCUGUUCUUCAGCACGACGCAACACAGAGUGGCUGGAUACAACCCUUAGCCAUGGUAUUUUGGCCAUAUACCACAAACCCCAGAGGUGCCUUAUUGCUAUCAUAAACUGGUUACCAAUGUAAUUAGAGGAAUAAAAAUAAAAGUUUUGUCAUACCUGUGGUAUACGGUCUGAUAUACCACGGCUGUCAACCAAUCAGCAUUCAGGGUUCGACCCACCCAGUUUAUAAUAAAAUGUAGCACAUGCUCUAUUUCAAAUGUGGUACUGUAAUCUCUCUCAAUGAUACAUUAAUCUUAGAAGUAAUGUUUUUCCUUGAAGGUAUAAGGUAGGCUGUGGAAGAAUCUGCUCCAAUGUGUUUUUUACAUUUCCUUAUUGUCAUGCUUCAAUAAUUAACGCCUUCUGAUUGUUUGAAUGAUAUUUGAGAAUUAUCAACCCAUUAGAAAAUAUUCAUUUAUAUUUUUUCAAACAUUUGCCAGCUGGAACAUUAAUUGAAUCAUUUUCAAAUCAAAUAAAUGUAUUGCAAAAUCACUGUUCCCAAAAUGAAGCUUCACGUAAACAGAUUAUUAGUAAAAACGUUCACUCAUACAUUUAUCUCAAUAGAGAUACAACUAUUUCUAUGCCCCUCUCUUUAAAAUCAUGCUUCAUUCAUGUUAUUACUGUAUUUAUUUUCUUAUUCAAUAAAAUUCACAUGUAUAGGCAGUAUAUCACACUUUUUUAACUGUAAAUUUGUUUUAACAAUAUGCAUUUUCUUACAACAAAGAAAUAAAUGGGUUGAAUAAAUGUUCCAAUGGUAAACAUUUAGAUAAAAAAAAUUUGACCAAAUUGUAAACUUUUCAGGUUACAAACGCAUACCAGCAGCAUACCACCCUGCAUUCCACUGCUGGCUUACCUCUGAUGCUAAACAGGGUCUGUUUUGGUUGGUCCUUGGAUGGGUGAUUAGAUGCUGCUGGUAGUGGUGUUGGAGGGCCAAUAGGGGGCACUCUGGUCUAACAGAAAUCCCAAUGCCCCAGGCCAGUGAAGGGGACAUUGCCCUGUGUAGGGUGCUGUCUUUCAGAUGGGAUGUUAAAUGGGUAUCCUGACUCAUUGGUCAUUAAAGAAUCCCAUGGUACUUAUUGUACGAGUAGGCCCCAUUCCAUCAUGGCCACCUAAUCAUUACCCUAAUUGGCACAAAUCAAACCUCACCUUUCCAGCUGAUGUGUGGUGAGUGUUCUAGUAGUGCACAAAAUGGUUCUAGUGCUUCACCCAGGUGGGUUGGUGGUGGAUGAUGUGAGUUUCUCCCUUGCUUUGAGUACCUCAGUUGCUAGAUAAGUGCUAUAUAAAGCCAAUCAACUACAAACUCAAUUCUUAUAGGGUCUGGUCAACAGCAUGUUGCCUUUCACUCAAGCUCUUUUCUGCUCUAUGAAUUGGUUCAAAUAUUACAUUUAAGUAACGUAAAAUGUUGGGGGAAAAUAAUGCCAGCACUCUUUUUGAUUUCUACAUAUUCUACACCUUUGAGUGAUAGGGGACUGCUUACAAUGUGCAUAAACCACGGUAUAUGGCUACCCAUCUACAUCGCUCCGGCCACAUGUUAUGCCCACUAACGUUUCUUCUCCAUGAUGAGUCAGGACUUGCCUCCCUCCUCGACAACUUCUGGAAUGCAAACAACAUUCUGACUGUUCUGAUUGAUCUCAAAAACCCGAUGGGUUUGUGAUUAAACGAUGGGUUGGGCCAGAGCCGGCCUACAUGAUGACGAUAUCGACUUUGAUACUCUGACUGGUUAGAUUUGUUAGAGACAAUCCAAUCGCUGAUGAAUUUGUGUUGUUACGACGCCCCUCGUUUUGACGUAACACAAGCAACUUCUAUGAUGGCAGAUUCAUACUACAUGUAUGUAGCGUUCAAUAGAGCAGUGGAAUUCAAUUCAAGAUGGGUCGUCAGGCAAAAAGUAAACACCAGCUGGUCCUGUACAUGUUUCCUAUUAGGAAUGAACGUAUUCAAACAGUGAGCUACAUGUGUUUGGUCUAACAUAUACAGACUUUGUCUAUUAAACCCAAAAAGCAAUGUUUAGUUUGGCAUUAUGAUGACUGAAUUGUACAUCUUGAUGUGUGGUCUUAUGUGUGCUUGUGUAAAUAAAUCAUGGUUUUAGCGAUGUUUUAUGUCUAAAUGUACUUCGGUUUUUACAUACAACACUUUUACACACAACACAUAACAUGACCUCAUUACCAACUGCACAUAUGAACAUGGACAGAAAUCCUUGACCUUGAUCCCCUUGGUUGAUGGUUUCAGGAUUGAGAGAAAAUCUCAACGUUUAAUUGAAUGUUCAUAGUAUUGUGAAUGACUACACAUAGUAAAGGUAUAAUAUGUUGUCAUGAUCAGCGAUGAUCUCAUUCUGUAUUCUCUGCAAUAAACAUCCAUC